AUGGACAGUCUGGAACGUCUCCAAGGGCUUCAUGCUGACUUGGUCGCCUUUACUGAGGGGCGGUUGGCCAACAUCGACCGACUAGUCCAGGAACUGCAGGGCACUGUGUCCGAUUUCAAGAAAUUGCUGGACAAACCGACUCCUUCAGCCGCUGAUCGCGAGAAAUAUAACAGCGGGAAAAUCGAAAUCGACGACCAGGAAUUUGGCAUCAAUGAUGAAUUCAAGCACAUCAGUCGAGCCGUCGGUACCACUUUAGACCUGGACGAGAUUGAAGCCGGGCGACUCCUCAUUCAGAAUCACGGCGAUUCCAUUUCCAAUAGCCAGUCCUUCGUCUCCCUUUCCGUGAGCGCAUUCCACAAUCGACGAGAUCUUCUUCUGCAGUCCUUGCGCAUCACAUUCGAACAAUCCCUCCUGGAAGAGCUGGACGAUAAUUACAAAGAUGCAUUAGUGGACAUCAUAGCCCAGGUGCUCGAUAUCCAGUCGGGUGUCCAAGGCAACGGGUCCUUGUUCACGAGAAAAUGCAUCGAUACUUUGGCAGACAUUGAGAAAUUCCAAGCCAGGAUCGCAGAUGCCCUUCAAAGCAAGGCUAUUCUGGGCGAACCUCGUGGAUCGGAAUUCUAUCUGACGUUCGAAUUCCAAAGAGACAGUCUCUUCAAGCAGCAUGAAGCACUGGCAUCCAUUCUUGCAUUUCUCUUUCGAGGAAAUUACACCAACGCAGAAGAUUUGCGAAAGCUACACAACGUGGUCAAAACCUGGUCCCGCCUAGAUUUUAACCUCAUUCACUACCUUCCUGCUCUAUCCUCAGCUUUCCGACUAUAUGGAGCGGCAGAAAGCGGCCAAAUCCAAGCUGAUCAGGCAGACUCCCUGAAUAAUGUUCUGGGGACGAUGCCCAAAGACUCCAUAUCAGUCGCAAAUCGCCCUUUCAAUGCGGUCCUUGUGCUAUUGUGGACUGUUGAAUACAGUGGCCGCUUUCGGGAUACGGGGGACGACCAGGACGGACAGAAGAGAAUUGAUGUCGUGAAACAUGCUCUACAAGAUGAUGCUUUGGGGUUCCUGCUACUCAUUUGUACUAGCACCAAUGCCGAUGUAUGGAGACAUCCUGCGAGACAGGAAUUGGUCGCUUUGCUUCUUAGUGAGACCGCGGCCCCUCCUUUGGACGGCGACCAGACUUCUGCCUACUUCCAGACACUGUUGAUGGAAUCCCUCGAAAACUUUGUUGAGGCUUUCAUCACUAAUAUGCCAGACUCGAUUCGUCGACUGAAAACGGAGGAGGACGACCAACGAUUGAAUCAGUUGAUCGCCAUACAGGAAGGCUUGCCACUCAAUCACCGCGAUGGAAAUGUUAGCAAGCUCCAUCUUGAAUCAUUUCUAGUUCUCAUUUCUUAUGCUUUUGAGCAGCGACCCGAAGCUUCCCUACAGUGGUGGGAGGACCCUGACAAUAAUCUCUACGGGUUUCUCCAAUGGGCAUCAUCAAGGCAGACAGUACCAAGGGUCAGCGCGUUUUGUGAACUUCUGUGCUCGAUCUCAGAGGAUCAGGAAUGUGCCGAUGCGACGCACAAGUUCCUGUUAGAUGAAUCACUGCCUACCCCCGCUCGUGGUCGGAGAAAUCCUUCGAUGAACUACAAUCAGAUGUUUGAGGUGUUAGAACUUUACGCUAACAAGGUGCAUGAACGAGUCGCAACAUCUCAAUUGCCUAAUGCCAGGAAGAUUAUACCAACAGACAUGAAUGAGUUGGAAAGUCCAGUCAUGCUUUCAUGUUAUCUCCGCCUUCUAGCCCAUCUGUGUAAGCAGCCAAGUGCGACCCGCAGCUUCAUCCUGGAAUCAAGACCAAGCUUCCCACAAUCUCUGCUUAUCUUGAGCUCUGGGCCUGUACCGAGUUAUCUAAAAGCCAGCAUAUUCGCUACAUUAGAUGCUUUACUCACGAGCAAGACCUUGCAGACGUCAACCGAGAUGUGGCAAACAUUGGACAUAUGGGCAUCAGUUGGCCAUGAGGCUCUCAGAGCUCCAGCAACACAACCAACUCAGCCUUUGAAAGCCACAACUUCGAGGUUACUAAGCACGCUCAGUUCGAUUGGACAUUCAUUUGAUCAAUAUGAUGGUUUGGUGGUAUUUCUACGAGAUCUAAUCACACCCAAUCCUCCUACAGGAUCCAGCGCAGAUUUACUGCCAUUUCCAAGUGAUCUGGGAUCAUCAUAUCGAGCUAUUGGUAUAGGACCUUACGUUGAUUUUGUAUGUGGUCAAGUCUUCGUCAAGCGGAUACCCGAACUCGUGGACGAAACACAGCGUCUUAUUGGAACCUUCCACUGCCUAGAAUUCAUAGCCGUUGGCAUAGAGGGCUUCAACGAGGAUUAUGUGGCUAUGCUGGACCGUUCUGGCGCCAACAAGCAGACGUCGUCCGAAACACCUCCCACUGCUGUCUAUGCUCAACACAGCCCGUUCGCCAGGCUUAUGCAGUGGGUCUUGAGUACCGACAUGAACAAGUUGAUCAUGGAGUUCAUGUUAGUGGAUCCCGAAAUCGUGGAGUCGACUUCUCCAGAUUCUCCCUUGCAAUUAGGUCUUCAGCGUGCUAUUGAUAUCGUCAAUAGAGUGCUUGAUUUGCAACCAACAUAUUUUGACAUCGUCAAACCACUUAUUCAAUCACAGCUUGCGCAAGAACGCACAAUCCGAUCGAGCGUUGCAUGUAUUGAGGAUGCUAUCGUGGCACACCCAAAAGUCGUUCUCAAGCUAUGCCAAUUUGCUGCAACAAACAACUCAGAAUUGUCACUUCGAUCUCUGGCACUUCUUCAAAAGCUUUCCAGUUCUGCCAAACUCAAUAACCAUUUCCUCGCCACAGAAAUUGUACGAGGCCGAUCGACAAGACUUCUGGAUGCUCUUGGUCCCAAUGCUGGCUUUGAGUUGCAGCCAGUGUCGGUAAAUUUAUCUUCGAGACUAGCAGUGGACAUGCGCGAACUUGAAGAAGGAUUUCAAUCUAUAGGCUACUUGACUAAAGACGGCGUCCUCACAUUCUUCAAUGCGUGCCUUGAAACGCAACCUGAUCUCCCAAACAUUGCCCAUCUCCUUCUCGGCUUCGACCGUAUCGGAGAACGGCUGGCACUCUCUGAUUCGCUUGAUGAGGGUACAUCAGUGUUCAACACCGUUACCGAGUUGGUUCAGGGCUAUCCAGGUGGUGAUGCUGGCGAUUUCAUAUCAUGGCUUCUUCAUAUACGGACUGUGGCGCUACACGUUUUGAGACAUUUGUGGACUUCUCGUUUGUCCAGUGAAAUCGUUCUUGGUCAGUUACGCCGGAUCCAGUUCCUGCAGGUGCAAUAUAUUCAGCAAUCGAUCAUUUCCCAAUAUACCACAUGGGAUGGUAUUUCCAUACUGCACCCAACAUUUUGGUAUACCGCAUCUGCCGAAGGCCUUGCUGAUUUCUUCGCUUAUCGCGCUUCACUCUAUCACUAUUCGACCACAGAACUGCGAUCUGCGGCUGCUGGCCACCUGAGCAAUACCCUACGCCUAGCACUAUCGACUCUCGAAGGCAAAACCAAUGACACAGAUGGGUCCCUCAUCAUGCAUGCAGACAUCUAUGCUUUAUUUGAUUUUCUGGACCUGGACCUGUCGACGACGUGUAAACCGGUUGUCGAAUUUUACAGUCAAGCAGAAUUCAGUGAUUUUAUGACGGACACAGACGAGGGGCCAACCGGACUUUACAAUCUCAAAUUGGUUCGGGAAUGGCUAAAUGCCACCAAAUCGAAUCACAUGCAAAGCAUCUACGAAUCUGCAGAAAGACGGCAGCAGAUUGAGGAAGAUAUUUCAGCAGAGGCCGCAAACAUUCUCUCCACUUUGGAAGCCGAAAAUCGUGCUACCUUUGCUCGAAAGAUGCGAGCAGAAACUCUCCAUGAGUAUGUCGAGAUGGUCAUUGCAGUCAUAGAAAGUUGCCCCAUGGACUCGGCAGCGACCUCUCAGUUCAUUCUCCGCAUGCUGCAAAUUAUGCUGCCAAAGCUUGAUGCAUACAUAGCAGACGAAUCCCCUGAUGUCUCGGAGCUUGCUCGAGCAGCCGAUGCUUUACUUUUCUCACUGUCUGGGACAUUACAAAGUAACAGUCAAACUGAGGAUAUGAUCACCGAGAGAUUGUUCCAAUUAUUCCGGGCAUCAAUCGAAGGCAUUCCAACACCGAUAUCCAUCUCAAAUGCAGGAUUGAGAACGACCUUAUACAGCAUAUGUAUUCAGUAUCUGAGUCGCCUUAUGUCCAGUAGCGACGCAGGCACUGAUAUCAUCUCAAGGUCCCGCAGGAACGCCAUGGAUUGCAUCCGAUCUGCGAGCGUCCGCCUCAUCCAAACCAUAUGUGACGAUGCAGAUGAUGGUGUCGACGCCUGUCGAAUCAAUGCGUUCAACUUGCUCGGGCUACUCGCGUCACUAGCUCGAACCGAGAAGUCCCCCUUCGUACUCAACUCGCUCGUGAAGGCCAAUGCGCUGGAGAUCCUGAUCGACCCCUUGAAAUACAUUGCGGCCGAAUUCCAAAGCGCAGAACUGGCCACCCGGCCCCAGCUCCUCUCCGUCUUCGAAGCACGCAUGCUCCUCCUCCUCCAGAUAUCCCGCAAUCGCGAAGGUGCCGGGUCACUGCUCGACGCCGGCGUGGUCUCCGUGAUCCGCGAAUCAGGCCUCUUCACAGCGGAUCCGGAUCUCGGCAUCUCCAUCCCAAGCAACACGAGCACCACCACGAACACCAUCGCGACCGAUUCGUCAUCAUCCCUGACCUUCGCCGCCGCUGCCCACUCCGCACUCAGGACAUACUACGCGCUGACCUCGUCCACCCUCCGCCUGCUCCUCUCGACAUUCACAUCGCGCGGUGCCCAAAACGAGCAGAUCCAGUAUCUCACCCGCGCGUUCCUGACCGAGUAUCGACCACACAUGGUCGGCAUGUUCAAGAAAUACGCUGGCGUCAACGGCAAAGUCGACGAGAAGAGUCGUCCUCUCCUGGCCGAGGCCGUUCGUUGCUAUACUGGAUUGGUCUCGCUUUGUGGGUUUGUUGAUGUGAGUUUCUAA